AUGACUUGCAAUGCUGAUAUCAUUGAUGGUGUCGUUGCAGUUCUGCAGUUCUGUGAUAACAAUCAAGGUCAGGUCCUAUGCAAGGCAUGCCCGAAGAAAAAUGGCCAUUAUCGUGUAAUGGAGCUGUGUCAUGCCAAGAAGCACAUUAUGCAGGCAAUCCACAUCCGUCAUGCUAAUUAUCUCAAGCAGCGACUAACGAGGCUUCAGCGUCCAGUCCAAGUUGAGCCUGAGGCCUUGCUGGAUGAUAAGGAUACUGACACGACAACCAUGGAGCCCACUACUGCCACUGAUAUCAGAUUCUCCUUCAAGGCUGACGACUCCUUCAUGGAGGUUACUCCUGGUGUACCACUUCCUGCAGCACCCGUGCCAGAGGGCGGCGACCUCGACCUCAGGUUAUCGGAGCUCGUGAAAGGCAUAAUAGGCCAUUGGACUCUUGAGCUCGACAAAAAGUGUCCAGACUUAUUUGCCGAGCUUCAAACAAGCCUCGCUAUGGGCGAAAUACCAUUCUCGACACGACUUUUCCGAUCUUCCGCCAAUGAGGAGCAUCAGCUCGUCGACGAAGCUGAACCUGAUUUUGGGGUUGAGCUCCCUGAUGGAAUCCUUGACAAGGUGUCCGCAAACUUCGAGAGUGUCUCAGUAGAUAACCCAACUUAUCCAUGGCCGUCAAAAGCACAUUUUAUAACAUCGCUUCUUUUCAGCUCUCCACGCAUCCCGUUUUCUGACUCCCAGAAGAGAGCUGUGCUCAACUGGGCCAAAGGGCUCGGUGCCACCAAUGUCCCGUCACUCGGUGUGAUGAAGAAGUGCCAUAAUUACCUGGAUGAGCUUGUCGGCAAUCCAACUCAGAAGAUGACAUCGUGUGCUGGUGAUGUAUUCUAUAUCAAUAAUGUCGCGGAAGCAAUUGCAAAGGAUUAUGCGAAUCCACUUACACGUUUUGCGAUGCGCGAUUAUCCUGAGGACGGUGAUUACUUCAUCCCAGAACAUUUUUUCUAUGCCUCUCCACCUGUAGACUCAGAUGAUGACAAUGGCGAAUCCCACGAGAAUUCAGUCACAAAGCCCUUAUAUGCGCUUGGUCGGGCGGUCAAACGAACAGAGGCUGGAUUUAUUGUUAACAAGGAACAGGAGAUCAUACCCACAUCUGCCUUCAUGCGGUCCCUUGAAGACAUUGCUGCGACUCAGGGUGAACUUGAUUGUGGCCUUACUGCCUCGUCAACUAAAUAUGCAACACUUUCACCAAAUCCACUGUGUGCAAAGGCAAACGGUCGCAUGGUAUAUACGGUCCCCCUCAUCAUCUUCAUGGACGACGUUUCCGGCAACAUAUCAAAACAAUGGAACAAGCACCAUGCAAUCUACAUGUCAAACACGAACCUCCCACGUGAAAUGCUGGAGAAAGAAUUCUUUGUGUGCUUCGUUACGUCCUCACCGCAUGCCGCUCCCAUGGAACUUAUGCGGGCAAUGAAACAGUCCAUUUGUGAUGCAGCUACAUCUGGGGUCACUGCAUGGGAUUGCAAAGACAACGAAGAAGUGUUAUUGAUCCCAUGCGGGCUUUUCGUUGCUGGCGACAACCCGAUGCAAGCAGAAGAAUGUAGUCAUGCAGGAUUGAACUGCAACUACUUCUGCCAGACGUGUGACAUUGGUGGAACAAAGGAGUACAAAGCUUCUAAGGAUGGCUAUAACAGCCUGUUUGCGUUUGAGAUGGCGCUGAAGCCUGGCGCUACUGAGAAAAUCAAGAAUUUGGUAUUGACGACAGGUGUUCGUGAUACAGCCUUGAAUUCCAUCAUUAACACUCUUGUAGAACUUGGAAAGAAGCUUCGAAAACGUACAGUUGGCACUCAAGCAAAGUCCGAGGCUGAAGUCACAGCUGCGCUGGAGAGAGAAUUUGAAGAGCUUCUACAAGGUGACAAGCUCGAAGACACCCUCAACCCGUUAUUGGGAAUGAAUGGGCUCGACAUGCACAUGGAUACGCCAACAGAAAUACUGCACACUGUGCUACUCGGCGUUGUGAGGUAUUUUUGGGGACAAACCGUAUUUUUACUCGACAAAGCGAAGCUUAUGGACAUUUUUCAAACCCGUCUCCAGUCCAUCGACACAGAUGGACUGAACGCUCCAUGCUUGAAUGCAGGAUAUAUCUGCCAUUACAAGGGUAGUCUGAUUGGAAAGCACUUCAAGAGCCUGUCGCAGGUGAUGCCAUUCAUAAUCUACGACCUCGUCCCUUCAACAGUCCUCAAUGCCUGGACAAUAAUGGGCGAACUCGUUGUACUCAUCUGGCACACGAAGAUUCUAAAUACCGAAGCCUAUCUUCAUACAUCCAUCGUUUUGGACCUGCGAUUAUAUUUUCAACCGAACACUAUGAAUCAUUCAAUCACGUUUUCCCUCCGAGCCGUGACAGCUGCAGGAUAUUUGCUCAUCAAGAUAUUGUCAAACAUAUCGCUACAGGUGGAUUUUGGUUCCGGAAAGGCUGAAUCUACUAUUGGCACCAAUGGAAAAACAACCAGAAAGGGUGCAGUGGCCUGGAAGAACACUCGUUGUGCGAAGAUCUUGAAGACUGCGAAGCCCAGCACUAGUUAUUUUCACGGAAAAUCGCUUGUAGCAAGCGAGGGAGAUGUUGCACAUUUAAACAGUCAUGUUGGCUUCCGUCAAAUGACAAAUGGGCAGCUUUUUGCAUUUGCCGAUACACUACAUCCCUCCGUCCAUCUCCCAUGUCUCAACCUUUUGGAUGACGAGGUGGUCGUUACAGCAGCAGAUAUCAAAUGUGUGAUCAAUCUCCAGCACAAUUGUAUCGAUUCGCAUUAUAUCCAUCUUAUCAUUCCAGAGACGCUUCGUGAAACACCGCCAAGAGUUACUAACAUUGCAGAAGUUCGGGCAACCACUGUACAGCACAUGAAGGAGAAGAAGGCUUUGAAGAAAGCUGGCGACACGUUGCAAGAAGCUGAAAGAACAGAAAACGAUAUCCAGGGCCCCUUGAUGCCAGCACCUGCAUUUGAUAAACCUCCUGCCAGACCAAAGACUGCUGCAAAGUCAAAAGCAAAGGCAGGUGCUGGCUCCAGCACACGAGGAAGGAGGGCUACGGCAUCAUCUCGUGCUGGCCAAGUCAUUGCUGGAUCCUCUGGACUUGAGGCACCAUCCGCUCAGCAAAAUCCCCUGGUUCAAUCCACUUCUUUGGUCCAACACACUCAGGGCCAAUUUACGCUGCCAACAAAUGCAUUCCCUCCACUGCAAUCCUUCCGCCCCCCUAUACCCCAUUUGCACCAUCCGCUACAAUCACACUUUCCUCCGGCACAGCCAUACCUUUCUGCACCUCAACCAUACCCUCAAAUGCACUACCCUCAUCCACCGCCACCAGCUCCAUAUAUUCACUCAAGUUAUCGCCAAAGUACAGACACUCACCCUGCCAAUGCACGUGCUGGUGUACGUCGCCAAAGGACGUACUCUGAUGCUGGCCUGGGCGAUCCAACUGUGCUGACACCCUCACGUGCAAAACGACUCAAGACAUAUGCAAAGAAAGUGGCUGAGGAGAAUGAUGUUCCAGAACGGGGUCUUUUUGACUUCAUUGAUACCGGUGGAAUAUAUUAUAUGCUUAUUGAUCUUAAAGUAUGCAUGAUGAAAAUGGACUCGACUCGAAAGGCUGCUAUGCUUGCUGAUGUCAAAGAGUUGUUAAACUCGAAGGACUUCAAGGUAUUUUAA